GGCAGGGUCUCCAAUAUUGUGGUUAGAUCAUGCAGCAAACGUAUCGCAGGCUCACGCAUGCUGGCAUGCUCGUUUCUUCGUUUCCGCUGUCCACCAGAUCUACCUCCCCGUUUCCUCAUUCCCCAGCCAGCCGAUCAGGUGCUACGGGGUCCGCCACUGGUCUGGUUUCAAGUAGUAAUCAAGCUGCCGAAGCGUCGCCAAUACGCGGCUAGUCCCCAUGACGCGAGGGCGAGUAGUGUACCUCGUCGUGCUGCUCCUAGUACUUUCGCAGCCCUUCGCGAGACAUUCUCUCUUCGCGAACGCCGACGAAUUUGACGACGAGCGUUACGCGUACGACGAAGACGACGACGCCGUCGACGACGACGAGAUCCCGGCCGGCGACGAUGGCGACGUCGUCGCACUGACGGCGGCGACGUUUUCGCAGGCGCUUAACGACCACAAGCACCUAUUGGUUGAGUUCUACGCGCCGUGGUGCGGCCACUGCAGGGCUCUCGCGCCCGAGUACCGCGCAGCAGCGGCGACGCUCAAGGAGCUCGGGGUGCUGCUGGCGAAAGUGGACGCGACGAAAGAGACGGAGCUCGCCGACAAGUACGGCGUGGAGGGUUACCCUACCAUCCUUUUCGCCACGGAUGGUGAAUUCCAGCCGUUCGGCGCCGGGCGAACCAGUGCGCAGAUCGUGGGGUGGGUGAAGCGCAAGCUGGGCCUGGGGGUGACCACCGUGCUGCCCAGCGACAUCCCCAAGGUGGCGUCGCUUCUGGAGCACUCCGCUGCCACUGCCGUCGCAUUCGUGCCCGCCCUUAAUACCCCAGAGGCAGCAGCCUUCAACGAGGCAGCCAGGGACACGGACGGGGUGGAGUUUGUCAUCACCACUCACGCUGACGUUGCGGCCGCCUUCGGCUUGCCAGCUGGCAAGCCGCCCGUCCUGGCGGUGGUGAAGAAGGAGGAGGAGCGGUUCGUGGCGUUCGAGGGCGAGUACAGCAAGGAGGCCAUCACGUCGUUCCUGGAUGCCAACCGCCUGCCUCUGCUGCUCACUUACACGGAGGAGACCUCCGCCUCCAUCUUCUCCAGCCACAUCCCCCGCCAGGUGCUGCUCUUUGCAUCAGACAGUGCGUUCCAGGAGCUCUCCCCUGCGCUCCUCGCAGCAGCCAGGCAGUUCAAGGGACAGGCCAUGUUUGUGUACGUCAACAGUUCUGACCCCGAGUCGCAACCUGUCCAGGAGUAUUUCGGAGCUGACCUUUCCACCACUGCAAUCGUGGGGUUCAUUAUGGGGGGUGGCGAGGACCCCGCUGUCCCGGCAGCAGGCCUCAAGUACCGCAUGAGUGACUACCCCACAGCUGACAACAUCAAGGCCUUCACUCAGAGCUUCAUUGAUGGCCGUCUCAAGCCCUUUUUCAAGUCACAGCCCCUGCCAGAGGAGAAUGACGGCCCGGUGACAGUGGUGGUGGGCGACUCGUUUGAGCAGAUUGUGUUGGACGAUACCAGAGACGUGCUGCUGGAGGUCUACGCCCCCUGGUGCGGCCACUGCCAGCAGCUGGAGCCGACCUACAAGAGGCUGGCAGAGCGGUUCAGCGUGGUGCAGUCCGUGGUGAUUGCCAAGAUGGACGGCACUGCCAAUGAAUACCCCGGCCUCGAGGUGGAGGGCUUCCCCACCAUCGUGUUCUACCCAGCCGGGAAGAAGGCAGACCCGGUGAAGGUCCAAGCGAGGAAAGUCAAGCAGUUCGUCCAGGCCAUCAGAGACAACGCGUCCACUCACUUUGACCUCGAGCCCUCGCCUGAGGACGACCAAGAGGAGGAAAUAGGAGAGGAGGAGGGACAAAUGGACGAUGGUGAGAUGGAUGAGGGGAGAACGGAGAGGGCGGAGGAAGAGGAGAUGGGUUACGAUGGGAUGGAAGGGGAUGGGGAGGACGAGGCGUUUGAUGAGCAGUUCCAUGACGAGCCGCUUCACGAUGAUGAGUUGUAGCGAUUGAUGAGCAGUUCGAGGGCUCGAGGUCAAAGUGAGUGGACGCUUUGUCUGCAGUUCCAGUAACAGCUACCGUAAUCCCCCGGAUAUAACACCCCGGGUAUAGUACAAAAUUCAUGCAAAAUCAGGGGGGUGGGUGCUCUAUUUCGCGUUUAGGCUAUAGCAACCUGGUGUUAUAUUUGAGGACAGAAUUUUUAAGAUGUGCAUUAGACUCAGUGCAUCAUGGCGAUUUUAGACAUUCAAAUUCCGGCUGAAAAGGCGUAUGUUUUCUCGAGGUUCGGAAUAGCCCUGGAUUGCCCAUUGCUCACGAAUUUCAUGUUUGUGUCAGGUUAGUGAAGCAAGAUUGGGGGUUUGGCGACACUCGCAAUGGACUGGACGAAAAUUGCGACGCUCAUCAGCCAAUCAGCACAGGUCUGUCGCACAAAAGAAAAAAAAAUUGUCGGCCCACUGCGCUUUUCCAGGUGAAUAUUUGUUUCACUUUGUCAUUUUCAGUACCAGAGAAUCCUGUCAAGUGCCUCGGAAAAUUUCAACUUUUGCGUCCUGAUCGUAAUCAGCAUGAAAUAGCGUGAAAAAACUGCAUUUGUUGGU